UAGCAUGGUAUUAGUUUGAAGCUUCGGCAGGAUGCAGAGCUGUCUAAAGAGCAUUUGUGACAGCUUCAGGAGGACUGGCAACAUCUGCAAAAAUGGUUGAUGCUUUCUGUGCCACGUGGAAACUGAUCGACAGCCAGAACUUUGAUGAUUAUAUGAAGGCACUAGGUGUUGGUUUUGCCACGAGACAAGUGGGCAACAUAACCAAACCGACCAUAGUGAUCAGCCAAGAUGGAGACAAAGUGGUGGUGAAAACUCUGAGCACGUUCAGGAACACUGAGCUGUCUGCCAAGCUGGGAGAGGAGUUUGAUGAGACCACACCUGAUGACAGACAUGUAAAAUCCACCUUCACCAUGGAGGGAGAUAAAUUUGUGCAUGUGCAGAAGUGGGAUGGAAAAGAGACCAGAUUUGUCAGAGAAAUCAAGGAUGGAAAGAUGGUGAUGAUGUUGACCUUUGAAGGCGUGACAGCGGUUCGCACAUAUGAGAAGGCCUGAACCUGAUGAAUCUUCCUAGCAGGUGUUGGGUUUUUGCAAUAAAAUAAACAGAUAAUGAACUACUUUGA